GUUGACGUCACUGCCAUUAACGCGCGUGCACGCGAGGAGCCGUGCGCGACCCCGCGAGUAGCUGGAAAAGGCUGCUACGUGGCUGCAUGGCGGCUGCGUCCAACAUCUAAAGUGCAGUUCGACCUUUCCGAAGGAAAAUACUUCAGCAAAAUGCCGAGCGACGGAGUAAAACAGAGGAAAGGGAAAGCACAGAACGGAGAUGCAGACACAUCUCCAUCUGGAAAAACUUCUCAGUGUUCUUCAGUAGAUCUCAGGACUGCAGUGAGUUUGUUGUCUUUGAGUGCCUGCUUUCUCCUCGCCUGGGCCAUGCUUCAACAGAACGCAAGGUUUAAUGAAGUUGAGGAAAAAUACAGGCAUUUAUAUGAAAAAGCAGGUGAUCUGCUAGCACUGGAGAAGAAAUUCAAUGCAGCUUCCAGAAAGUUGGAGGCCUCUGAGGACCACCUGAAGGGGGCUCUCUCCUCUCUCACUACGUUAACAGAGUUGCAACAGGAAGUCAACUCCCUCAAUGGCAUUGUUACAGCUAUGCACGAGGACCAACAUGCAUCAUCACGUCGCCUCCAAAGUGUGAACGAUCGCUUUUUGAACGUGACAGAGACGUGGCAGGGAGGACUGGCCAACGUGACCGAGGACCUGACGACUCUGAGGUACGAGUCCCACUCAGUUCAUGGUCGUGUAACGGAGCGUGUUAACGAAGCUGAGGAGCAUCUGCGCGCUCUUGUCAAACGUCUGGAGGAGCUAGAAGACAGCACGAAGAGGAACGGGCGUGUGCUGGAUCGCACAGAGGAGGAAGAUACCAAGAGCAUCCAAAGGCAGCUAGACUGGAACACCAAGCAGGUGACCAGGUUUCAGGAGCAGCUCCUGUUGCUCUCUAAGAGAGACGAGGAGCUUGAGGAAAAAUUGGUGGAAAUGGAGCCACAGGCCAAAAAAUGUCAAGCACAUCUUCCUGUCGUAGAGGAUGCAGUCAGGUCCAUCCUGAGGUUAGGUGCUGACCUAAGCGGCACUGAAAGGAGGCUCGAGGAUCUCACACUGCAAGUGGUGGGCACUGAGGAUAGCUUGAUUAAGGUCCUGACUGAGAUUCUGCAGCUCCAGCAGACCCUUGAUGAUCUGCAGGUGGACAACAGCGUGAUGAAUGUGAGAAAUGAGCUUGGAGUUGUGAAGGAUGCCAUGAAGGAGCUUAAGCGUGUGCAUAGAGAAGAUCUGGAUUUUGGAGGAGAGGAUCCUGAACACGGAGAGAACGUUGAGGCAUAGAAUAUUAAUCAAUUAAAUGAUUAUAUAAAAGGUUUGGAAGGGAAAGGUUUUCCAGAAUCAUCAGAAGAUCCCAGUAAGAGUGCAAGAGCUGAGGAGAUCUCCUUGACUGAGUAAAAUAAACUGCACUGAUGUUAUCUAAAGAAAAUCAAAACUGCCUCAAAUCAAAUAGACAUUUUUCAUUACUAUGUUUGUUCAUGUACCUGCCCAAGAUGUAGGUCACUUUUAUAUGUAAAUUACUUGUUUUUUUAAUGGGCUUUUACAUUAAAACACCCACCUAUAAACAUAAUAAUAUUAGAUCAUGUUUCAUUCUCCUUUCCCCAAUCUCAGCCAUCAUCAAGUGAAUACACUCAUAAGAUUCACUUGAAAAUCUCUUACAUUACAAAAGAAAAAAGCUACGAUUUCAUUUCAUGUGGUCUUUAACAUUUAGGCCAUGUGGCAAGAUGCAAGCAUAAAGAUUAACAAAGUGUAUGUCAAUGAAUGCCUUUAUUUAAACAUUUACUUUGGUAAAGCACUGAGUAACCAUUACAUCCCAGUAAUGAAUUUCCCGUAAACCUCAAACGAGAACCUCACUAUGUUGUAAGUCACUUGCCUUAAUGCUCUUUAAAUACUGUAUAACUGCAGCAUUCACUUUGCACACUUUGCAUUUGUUUUUAAUGGUUCAUUACCAUUUUAUUUCAUUCUUCUCUACUAACUAUUACAGGCUCCAAGAGGUGACUGGACACAAUGAUUUAUCUGUAGUGUUUAUUCUGGUGAAGCACAGAUUACAAUAUCUCAAUGUCUCAUAUAUAAAAGUUAGACAUAACUAACCCUAGUUAGCCCCAAGAAUGCAUACAAAAUGUGUACAAAUGUGUUCGUUUUAAUAAAUAAAACAUUUAUGGUCUUGCAGUGCAAUUUUACAGUGAGAACAUACCCUAAGCUGCCAGUUUAUUAGGUACAUCUGCAGUAUACUAAUACAUUCAUUAGUCACUAUUCAAAAUUUUUUUGGACUCUCUCAAACUCAUUUAACAAUGGAAAGGGACCAGUUUGGUUGGUGGAUUAUUCUCUGUGGUGGUUAAGUGGCUAGAAAUUGACACAGAUGAGGAAAGUAAGAGUUCUAAUCUCAAACUGCCAACUAGAUAAACAUGUCCAAAAAAAAGAAGUGGCCAGUGUGCGUAUACAUCGUUACCAUAACGCUACCAUGUGUACCUAAUAAAAUGACCAGUGGGUGUAGACAUAAGGUAGAUGUGGCUAAUAAAAUGUUAUCUGAGUAUAGUGAUUAGACCCGAUAAACAAUUAACACACACUGGUGUUUGUAUUGUCCAGACAUAUUACAGCAAAUAUUCCACUUUACUGUAUUUACUGUUUUAAGUAUUGAUAUUGUUGCAGUGUACAAUGUAUACAAAUAAUGUACAAAAGAUUUCCCACUUAAAUAAAAAAAAAGAAUAAGAAAAA